AGGAAAUAUGAAAAGAGCCGGGCAGAACCCAAACAGCCCCGCUGGCCAGGCCGAGCAGCAGGGAGCAAAUCAAAGGCUUGGCUCCUCUCAUCCAUCCACCCGUGAUUUUCCAGGGCUUUGGAAGCCGCAGCUCCUCCGCUAACAGUGGGAUGGGUCGGUUGCAAAAGAUUCUCAUUCCCUUGCUGGGAUUGGUUUUGGCCUUCUGGUUUUAUUCUGCGAGGGAGAAUUUCAAACCGGAGAUGCUGAAGGGGAAGCGGGUGAUCGUGACGGGAGCCAGCACUGGAAUUGGGGAGCAGAUUGCCUACCACCUGGCACGGAUGGGAUCCCACAUCCUGAUCACGGCACGGACAGAGGCCAAGCUCCAGAAAGUGGUGGAGCGGUGCCUGGAGCUGGGAGCAGCCUCGGCGCGGUACGUCAGCGGCACCAUGGAGGACAUGGCCUUCGCCCAGCACGUGGUGAGGGAGGCAGAGGCCUCACUGGGAGGCCUGGACAUGCUCAUUCUUAACCAUGUUGGUGCUUCAUACUUUGGUUUUUUUGAUGGGGAUGUUGAGCACGUAAGAAAGCUCCUGGAAAUCAACUUCCUCAGCUAUGUGGCCAUGACCACAUCAGCCCUGCCCAUGCUGAAGGAGAGUGAGGGCAGCAUUGUAGUGGUUUCAUCCAUGGCAGGUAAAGUUGGCUUUCCCUUUACUGUCCCCUACUCUGCGACCAAGUUCGCCCUGGAUGGAUUUUUCAGCUCCCUGAGGCAGGAAUUCACCAUUCAGAGCAUUAAUAUUUCCAUCACACUCUGCAUCCUGGGCUUCAUUGAUACUGACCGCGCUGUCCGCGCUGCCGGGGCGGUGCUGCGGGAGCUGCCGGCGCCGCGGGACGAGUGCGCGCUGGAGAUCCUGAAAGGGGCCGCGCUGCGCCGCCGGGAGCUCUACUACCGCUACAGCUCCACCCGCCUGCCGCUGCUGCUCCGGGACUGCGCCGCAGAGCUCCUCGACUACCUGGUGAGGAGCCGCUACCGCCUGCCCGGCACCCCCGGCACCCCCAGCCCUGCCCUCUGAGCCGCGGGGGUACCGCGGAGGCUCGGCCCGGGCACCCCCGUCCACCGCCCCGCCGGUUUGCGAUGCGCUGGCGGCACCCGGAGGGGCGAGGGAGGUCUCGCAGCCCUGCCUGCUCGCUCCCCCCUAUCCCCAGCAAACCUAAUUAUUGAGCUAAUUAUUAAAUAAAAUGUACUA